AUGCCGAUCGGUGCAAGAAUUCUCUCCCUGAAGCGAAAGCUUUGUCGCAAAUCUAGAAAAACACGAGCCAAGGCAAAGCGGGUGGGGAUGGCCGCAAGACGCCUCAUCGUGAGGUGGUCCAAGAAACUGACACCCUGUGAGUUAACAUUCCAAUGUGUUUACUGCACAUCAACUGCAGGUCAAAGGAGGUACCGCCGACGCCGCUAUGCAAGUAGCAACAGGGAAAUCCAGGAUCCCUGCACGGAGACUCUGAGUCCUCCUGACGCACCAGACAGGGAGCUGGAAAACUACGUAUAUUUCCGACCUUCAGUGCUUCUCAAGGAGAAGGCCUCUACAGAAGUAAAAGAUCAUUCAGCUAGCAACUGCAUUUUUCUGAAGUACAAUGCAAUGAUCUCUCCUCAAGAGCCUGUUUCCUCUCCUGAUGUCAGUGGAGAGAAUGAUGAGAAGGAGGACAGCUCUCUGCAAGGUUCCCUUUCACGUGACACUGUUUCUCAACUGGACACAAACCCUGCUGUAGAGUAUUCUUCACCACAAGACUGUGAUAUCAAACCAUGACACACAGUCAGAGCCUAAAGACAGUUCUCGACAAGAUUUCUGUUUGUGCGAGACAGUUUUUGAUUGUCAGUAGGCCUAAGUAGUCAGUAGCAUAAUUUAUAGCAAAAUAGGUAGCUUGAAGGCAUUGGGCAUUAUUCGAGAAAAAUAGGUGAGCAUCUGCCAUUGCGCAUGUGCAACGGGAAGAGGGAAGAUGUGACAUCUGCCAUAGACCUUGGUGGAAAGAUCAUAAGAAUGAACUUCCACUGUGGGCGAGUGCAUGUAAACGUGCUGCUACUGUUGCAGCCGUCCUCUGCGGCAGCGGAGCGUGUGUUUUCUAUUCUCUCUAACUCUUU